UAACAACACAUCACUCGUUUUUUAUACGGACGUUUCAGUUUCUAACUCGAAAAAAAAAAAGAAAAAAAAAAAAAAAGAAAAAAGAGAAAACAAAAAAGAAAAAAUCGAUUAUUAAGAUUUAUUUAGUCAUCGUGUAAUAACGAAACUAGUGAUUGUCGUUCAGACUGCAGUAUGUACAUUAUUAUUAUAUAUUUGCACAUUCAACAGAGAUGAACAUAAGACUUAUAUAAUUGUUAUUUGAAUAAAAUAUAAUUAGAUUAAGUUUUAUUGUCAUUUAUUAUUCUUAUCGAAAGUUUUGUUUUCAUCUUCUUUUUUCUUUUUUAUUAAUGUAAUUUCCUAAAUGAUAUAUUUUUGUAUAUACUUCUAUGUACACAUAUAUAUAUACACAUAUAUAUAUUUUUUUUUCUAUUGGCUCAAGCGUGCCAUCUGUGUAACUUCCAACGAAACUUAGGUUACCUAACCUAAUUUUGUGAAAUCGAGUAGCGGUAUGGUGAAUUUGUUCUAUUUCGUCUUUUCUUAAGUCCGGUACUGCAUGAUAAGCAUAAUAUAAAUAAAAAAAGGCAAGAUAUUUUCGUUUAUCUCGUAAUUUACAUAAAAUUUAUGAAAAAUUUACAUUUUUAUCGUUUAAAUUAAGCGCGAAUUAUAUAAUCUAUCUGAUUAAUCGAUCUCUAUUAAUCGUAAAUGUGAAAAGUAUUCGUUAAGAAAAUUGAAAUCUGUAACACUUGUUUAUAAGCUAUAAUUUAUCUCUUUAUAAAUAAAAAGAUAAAGAUUAAACGAUAACGAUGCUUCGAUUGUUUGGAACACAAGUACGAAAAGCGACUUGCAUCGUCUCGUCUUCUUUAAGGAAAACAAAUAAUCUAGCAUUAGUAGAAACAACUAGAAAAUUUAGUAUUAGUUCGAGAUGCCUAGGGGCUUGGCCAGAAAUUCAAAAACCUGCACCAGAUUUUGCUGGAACGGCAGUAAUCAAUGGUGACUUCAAAGACAUAAAAUUAAGCGACUACAAAGGGAAAUAUGUAGUUCUUUUUUUCUAUCCAUUGGACUUUACAUUCGUGUGUCCAACUGAGCUAAUAGCAUUUUCAGAAAAAAUCGCAGAAUUCAAAGCUGUAAAUACUCAAGUAAUAGGCGUUUCCACAGAUUCUCAUUUUAGUCAUCUUGCAUGGACUAACACGCCUAAAAAGCAAGGUGGUUUGGGUGGAGAUUUAGGAUAUCCGUUGUUGAGCGAUUUUAACAAAGAAAUCUCAGCGAAAUACAAUGUCCUCUUGGAAAAUUCUGGAAUAGCUUUGAGAGGACUAUUCAUUAUAGAUAAGGAUGGAAUACUUAGGCAAUUUAGCGUUAAUGAUUUGCCAGUCGGUCGUAGCGUGGAUGAAACAUUAAGACUGAUAAAAGCUUUCCAAUUUGUCGAGGCACAUGGAGAAGUUUGCCCUGCCAAUUGGCAACCAGAUUCUAAAACUAUUAAACCGAAUCCGAAAGAUAGCAAAAAGUACUUUGAGUCGGUCAAUUGAAUUUCUGUAUGAUUUUCUUAACGCAUAUAUAUAUAUAUAUAUAUAUAUGUAUAUAUGUAUAUAUACAUACACAUACAUAUAUAUACUUAAAUAUAUGCAAAUGUAUAUACACGUAUACCGUAAGAUAUUUUAUUAUGAUUCGAUGUAAGGCAGGAUAUAAUGAUGAUGAUGAUGAUAAUGAUAUAUAGUAAAAGAUUAAAGAAACAUACAAGAAAGAUCAAAUUUUAUUGAAGGAGUAUAGUAGUAGAAAAUCUGCGUCUCUUUUGGUAUCAAUUGGACUCCUGAUGCAUUGAGUUCAUCGAAGAAAACAUUUAUUUAUCAUACUCUUUUGAUCGGCAAUGGUAGAGAGAAGAGGAGAAAAGAGAAAGUAUCCCGAACGAAUAUCUUUGAAAAGCACAUUCGCUAUUCCUAACGUAUAGUACAUACGUGUACGAUUGUGUCUGUAGGCGCGUUGGAACGGCACGAAUAGAGUUCUCCGUAGAGUAUCGAGGGUUGAUACGGACUUGGUUCGAUCGAAAGCAAAGAGAGAGAGAGAGAGAGAGAAAGAGUACAGGGGCUCGCAAAAUUUGAAUAGAAAGAAAGAAAGGGGAAGAAAUAAGGUACGUGCCAUUCGUGCGCAUACAUUAACGUGUGCGAGAGAGAUGGAAAAGAAAGGAAAGGUGGUGGGGGAUGGUCGAGGAGUGGAAGAGCAAUCUCGUACCAGUUAAUUUGAUUCUUUGUGGCGAUGAAAGUAAUAGCGGGAGGAAGCACCAAAAGACCGUUCCCGAUUACCCUAUCCUCCUAUCGUGGCUUACCAAGCAAACGUUCGUCAUUCUAACAUCGACAGAUCUCACACGUGUCAUAUACAAUUUUGUUUUUCAUACAAUUAACUGAAAAUUAAUUGAAUGGAAUUUUCCAAUUGACGAGAAUGUCAAUGUGAUACGAAUUUAAGUUUAAAUAUACCACGAUCAUUUUCAUCCUUUUUUUCCGUAAUGAAAAAUUACUAAAAUGUAUCAUGAAUCUGUGAUGUGCUAUACAUUCGGAUAAUCGAGA